CCGCCCGCUGUUGGCUGUUGUGUUCCUCAUGGUUCCUCCUUCUACCCGAAGGGAGAAAAUAUGCUUUUAAAUCUGUUCAUAUCAUCUUUGGUUCUUUUCUUUCUGCUAUUUGGAUUGUUUUGCAAUAUUUUACGACCUUCCACUAAGAAGUUUGAGAAUUCAGAAGGUGUUACCACUGAAGUGGCAAAUAGGCUGGUAUGUAUCCUUCAGGGUAUAGCUGCAUCCGUUGUUGGUUUGACUACAGUUGUUUUUUGCAAUUUAGAUGUAAUUCAUGACAGAUGGUGGUUAGCAGAACCCUAUAGUGUCAUCAACACAGCAUAUUUUACAUAUGAUGUUUAUGCAAUGUUUAUAGUUUAUCGCCAUUCCAAAUAUGAAAUACUCCGCCUACCUUACUGGACAGCAGUUGGCAAAUUUCUGAAUGCCAGGGGUGUAUUUGUUGCUCAUCAUGUUCUCACCAUUCUCAUUGGUCCUCCAGUUAUAUUAUAUUUUAGAAAAGGACUUGGAGAUUUCUUUUUAGGAUGUUACUUAUUAUCAGAGACAACCACACCAUUCUUCAAUGCAAGAGUAUUGUUGAAAAAGAUUCAAAAGGAUAACACAAGACUGUACGUGCUUAUCAACAUUUUGUUAUUCUUUGUGUUUGUGUGUUUUCGACUACUCAUCUUUCCAUUCAUGUAUUACUCGUAUGCACAGUACAAACAAAUCAGCAUGUAUCAGGCGUUCUCGUCAAUACCUUGGCAUUGUAACCUUGGUAACUUUGGAUUCUUACUUCUUCAAUUGGGAUGGUUUUACAUGCUAAUGAGAAUCGGAAUGAAGAUGGUGAAGUCAAGAUUAAAAUCAAAGCAAGUGGAGUCUAUGCAACACAGUGUUUACUCAAGUGCAAUCAAUGGUUAUGACACUUAUCACAGUGAUUAAAUUAAUGCAAUUCAAUAUUCGUAGACGUUUCUGUUGGUUUAAUUUAACAGGCACCAUCAGAUUGUGUCGCAUUGAAUUGAGUAAGCUGACUGACGUGACAACAAUCAGCGUUUAGAUUUAAAAGAAAUGCUGCACUGCAUUGUAAUCAAUCACUAAACAGGAUGUUUAUGCUUUUAACUGCCACAAAUGGAUGAAUGCACACUCACGAACAUUAGAAACAUUGGACUAAAGCAACUGGAUUUGCAAAAAAUGAUGUUUUGUUAUCUAUAUUGGUCAUUUGUAGUCUUUCAAAAACAAUGGGGUAUAAUAUUUUCAUCAUUUCUAUUCUGUAUUCUAUAUUGCAGAUACUUAAAACAUGUUUGAAUUUAUUUUUAUUAUAAUGUUGUCCAUAUAUUUAUACUGUACUAUUUAUUUCAACCAUUCAUGCAUCCACUUCAGAUUUUUGUUUGUGAGACUAUAAACAAUGGUUAAUCAGACUUGAGGAGUGAUAGUGACUCUCAGACCUAAAUUUGAAUAUAAUUUUCUUUUUUUCUCCAUUUUUAUUUAUAAUUUAUGUUAAAAAUAUAACGUCUGAUACAACAUUGAGCUGAUAGUGUCUACCAUGCUUUUUACUCAUUAUAACACUAAUAAAUGGAGACUAAACAAAACAGUUACACACUUGGUAAUGCAUACCUGCUUUUACACAGUGUAAUGUAUUAACAUUUAUGCUCUUUUUAUAUAAGAAUCUUUUUAUUUAAAUAAAUCAAAUGUUAUACAAAA